ACACACCCCUCUGCGGGUUUGAAGUUUGAACACCCAAAACAAUUUUCAUACAACUUUGGGCGAAUCACAAUCUCCGCGAGAUUUGAAAAUGGCGAGCUCGUUGAGGCUGCGUGGUUUGAAUCUGGUUAGCGCUCAUCGAGCAGUUCUUACGUCUUCAACCAGAUGGUUUUCUUCGGCCGACGCCUUGGUCGAGAUCAAGCCCGGUGAGGUCGGUAUGGUCUCCGGCAUCCCCGAAGCAGAUCUUCGAAGAAGGGUAAUAAUUUACUCACCUGCUCGAACUGCAACACAGCAAGGCUCUGGAAAAGUCGGUAGAUGGCAAAUCAAUUUUUUGUCAACACAAAAGUGGGAAAAUCCAUUGAUGGGUUGGACAUCCACAGGAGAUCCAUAUGCCAAUGUUGGUGAGGCUGCACUCAAAUUUGAUAGUCAAGAAGCUGCAACUGAAUUUGCAGAGAAACAUGGUUGGGAAUAUUCGGUCAAGAAGCGUCAUACUCCUCUCCUGAAGGUUAGGGCUUAUGCUGACAACUUCAAGUGGAAGGGCCCAACAAGCAGUCAAGUAUGAAUUGAGUCUCUAUAUCUCGCAGCAGAUCUUUCAAGAGAUUGUGUUUAGCUUGUUACAAAAUGUUCUUUUGACACCAACUUCUGACCUAUGCGACAAAUUUUUCUUUCCAUUGGAAACAAAAAUCUCUCAAAGUCUUUGUUGUUUGCAUUCUAAAAGUGUUGUGAGAGAAUUGUGUUGCGGGUCUGACCCAUAAAUAAAAUGAUCAAAAUGACCCUUGCUUCUU